AUGCCUACCACAACAGCGGAAACUCUCUCUCUCGUCACUCGAAACGUCACUGUUGCGCCCCUCGUCCUUCUCUCCGCCGUCGACCACUACAACCGAACUGUUUCCACAAAGACAAAGCGACGAGUAGUGGGUGUUCUCUUGGGACAAAACGAUGGAAACGAUGUGAGAGUGUCCAACAGCUUUGCUGUUCCCUUUGAGGAGGAUGACAAGGACCCUUCAGUAUGGUUCCUUGACCACAACUAUGUCGAGUCAAUGAACGACAUGUUUAAAAAGGUCAAUGCCCGAGAGAAGCUCAUAGGAUGGUAUCACACUGGUCCCAAGCUUCGCGCAUCCGAUUUGGAGAUCAACGAACUCUUCAAGCGCUAUACACCUAACCCUCUCCUCGUCAUUGUUGAUGUCCAGCCCAAGGAGUCUGGAGUACCCACAGACGCAUACUUUGCCAUUGAUGAGAUCAAGGAUGACGGCACGACCACCGCACGAACAUUUGUCCAUACUCCUUCUGUGAUCGAAGCCGAGGAGGCAGAAGAAAUUGGUGUCGAGCAUCUGCUAAGAGAUAUUCGCGAUGUGGCCGCCGGAACACUAUCUACACGAGUCACAAAUCAGCUGCAAUCACUGCAGGGUCUACACCUGCGUCUGCGAGAUAUCGGCGCAUACCUCCAGAAGGUUCUCGACAAACAACUCCCCGUCAACCAUGCGAUUCUUGGAAACCUUCAGGAUGUUUUCAACCUUUUGCCUAACCUCUCCACACCCGAGAGAGAUGGCAAGUCAGGUGGAGGCGAGUUGGCAUAUGCCAUGAGCGUCAAGACCAACGACCAGCUUAUGGCUAUUUACCUGAGCAGUCUGAUCCGUGCCAUCACAGCAUUCCAUGAUCUUAUCGAGAACAAGAUCCAAAACAGGCAACAGCAGGAGGAGAAAGAGGCCAAGAAAGAGGAGAUCAGUAAGGACGAGAAGAAGGAGGGUGCAAACGGAGCGAGCGCUGAUUCCAAAGCAGGCGGCGACAAAGACAAGGAGACCAAGGAGACCAAGGAGACCAAGGAGACCAAGGAGACCAAGGAGACCAAGAAAUAA